AUGACUUCACCGUUCUGGCACACACAACAUGGGGUGAGCUCUCCGCUCUGGCAAACCCAACCGACGGCUCCUCGUCGUCCUGAGCGGCCCGAUCGCCCCGACGCUCCGAGCAGUCUUACUACAUCACGAAGCAACACGCCGAGUCGCAGAACCAGAAUCGAGACCCAGUACCGGCCUCCAGCUCCUAGUCCAACCAGCAGACCUCCCAUUCGUUCUCGUUACACUUCGCCAGCAGAUGAGCUCAAGACGAAGACGAGCGCUCCCUCCAAGUUACCCCGUCAUUCUAGUGGUUCGCCGGAGCGCGUGUACAGCUCUUCCAGCCAGCCUUACGAAUGCCGCAGCCCCGUCAUGACUUUGAGGAUCCUGUCACCAAGUCGACAUGGCGUGCGGGACGAGAAGGAACACAAUGUGCAGGGAAACCAGCCUGUCAAGGAAUCACCCGAGCCUCCCCUUCCUACUCAGGGCCUGAGCAGGUCGACAAACACCAAGUUGACCUCACCCAAGCGUCGAAGGUUUCCAUUGAGAGAUUCCAUCCUGUUGAAGCGAAAAGACUCGCCUGAAGCAUCCAAGCCUCCCACACCAACGUCAGCUACCGCACCCAAGGAAGCCCCAGAGACACCGGAGCAUCGGACCGGAGCGUUUGGCCGUGCCAGUCUACCUCCGACACCGACGACGCCGUCCAAAUCACGUCUGAAAGGAUUUUCCAGGCUCGGGGCUUUCUCUCGCGAUUCCAAGCUUGCGAGACCACCCGAAUAUCGCCAAUCAGAACAGCUUCCACGCCGAGAUGACCCGAAGAGCCAGGCCAACGGCCCAUCGGAUGCUGCUUCUUCGGCCCAGCUUGUCUCCCGUAUCUGCACCAUCAUCUUGGACGAGGGACUUGGUGCAAGGCUCGGAGCCGACAGAUCCACCACCGCACUCAAGGUCUGGGAUGCAGUGGUGAAGUGUUUGGAUGAUGUAUCCAAGACCUCGAAUGACACUGCCAGCAAACCAAAACACGGCCUUGCGACGAUUGCCAAGGUCUCAGAGUCGGUCGUUACAGCAGCAGCUAAUUCCAAGAAUCCAUGGCCGCUGGAAGCAUGGGGAUUCCGCCAUGGCCGCAAGAAGGAUGUCGGGGUUCAAGAUCGACUUGCUACCGAACUUGCCAGGCAUGGGGAUAUGAGCUUGGAUGCCAAAGACGUGCCUCAAGUUUCAACCAAUGCUGAGAACAAGCAGGAAGCGGUUCCUCGAUUGCCUCAUCUACAGCUCCCUUGUCCUUUCAGAGCACGCAAUCCCUCGCGUUUCAAUGUCACGGACAGCUGGCAUUGCGCUCAGGGUUAUUGGAAGAGCCUCACAGAAUUGCAGAAGCAUAUCGCACGACAUCAUCGUCAUCAGAGCGAUGCUCACUUAUUCCAGUGUCCCAGGUGCGAAAAGGGUUUCUCGGAGCCCAAUGCCUUUAAGGAACACCUGAUGCUUCCCAGGGAGCAGAUGUGCGACCCUCGAUCGGAGGUGCCCCCUAUCAGCUGUGAUCCAGAGGAUGGAAUCACUGCCGGUAGAGCGAGAGCUUUAUCUGAAGGUGUCGAGCACGGAAAGAUUGGGUCCUGGGACGACAUGUGGAAGUGCUUGUUUCCAGCAGACAGGGUCGUUCCUCGGCCGGUUUUCCUCCCUGCCAUUGAGCUUCCUCAGGUGGAACAAGAGGUGUUUGCCAGCGACAACAUGGCUGACCUCAAGACAAGUCUGGAGGAGCGUCUCCGAUUCCUUGCUGCUCAAUCAGCCAACAGCGACCUAUUCUCAGCCCAGAUACCCGUGAUCACUGGGUCGAUAUCGCUCGUCGUGGAAGCCCAUCUCAGAAGCGUAUUCAUCGGUUGCCGCGCUGGACCUCCUACGCGACCCAACCGUUCGCGAUCAGCAUCUCAGACCCAGGAAACGAUCAACAACAGGCCUCGGAAACUGUCUUCAGCAUCCUCUGUAGGAAUGAGACACUCUGAAUUACCCGACCAGCGCCGUCCAGUCUUAGCCGAGGCCAAGAGCUUCACACGGGAAGCCCCUCGCCCGCAAAUGCACAACCACCGAAGCCGCAGCGAAGGAUCGCAGAGCAAGCUCCCGCGAGCCGCCAAGCUGCCAGUGCCCUCUACGCUCACUAUUCCUUUUCCCAGGAUAUCGGCUUUGACAGAGCACUCCGACGCAGCACCCUCGCACGUCUCAGAAGAAGCAAUCGCCUCGCCGAAAGGCUCAGACGGGGAGUACUCCUCGGGCGUGGAAUCGAACCCGACAAGCGCCGGCGGACUGCGUGACUCGAACAACACCGAUAUCCGAUGCAGCAAAUGCAACAUGCGUCCAAGUCUCCGGCCUGACGAAGACAUGUUUUCGGAUCCUCGCAUCAGCGCGUCCACGACACACUUGACGCACAACUCGAGUUGCAGGUUUUCGGACUCUGGGAUCGGAAUCUUGUGUCGCAAUUGCAGGAUGCUCGAGGAGCUCAUCAACUCCUACUCGCGGGCGUCGACGCAGUCCGCCAAAUCCGGGCGACAGGUUGAGGGAACAGGUCCGGCGCCGGGGCCAGGGCCGGGGCUCGAGUCGAAGGAGGUGACCUCGGCCAGACUGGUCGCGCCGUUCUCGCCGGAUCCAUCGGUCUCUAUGGACGAGAAUGACGAGGAGACUCUGUUCGACAUCCUGGAGUCUGCGCCGUACGUCGUGGAGGACGGGCAGUGGAAAUCGCGGGUGGUCUCUCCCAAAUUCCCGCCGCCGACACAGAGCCUGCCGCCGUCGCCCGUGGGGCGAUUUGAUCGGUACCGGCACGAUGGGAAUUUCUUUUGA